AUGAUUUUCGAUGUACUACUGAAUGGUCGCGUCGAGUACAGCGUCAAGUUCUUCGGUUCCCAGGAAGUCAAAGAAGCUAAAGGUACAAAAGCGAUACGCGACGCGAUCCAUGCAAUACAGUUUCAAAAUGGGGUGAAACGUUUUGAAUCCACACAAGCAGGAGCUAAACUUCAAAAAGUUGACAUUCAAAUCAAUGUGGAAGGGGUUACGAUAGUCGACUACAAGACGAAGAUGGCACUUCAUCGCUAUCCCCUUCAGAAGAUAUCGUUUUGUGCCGACGACAAGCAGGACAAACGUAUUUUCUCGUUUAUCGCGAAGUCACAAUCAGAUCCGGACAAGCAUGAGUGCUUCGUAUUUCUUAGUGAUAAGAUGGCUGAACAAAUCACAUUGACUGUGGGGGAGGCGUUCGAUUUGGCGUAUAAGAGGUACUUGGACAAGAACAGAACUUCGCUGGAGAAUCAGAAGCAGGUGUUCGUCCUUCGAAAAAGAAUAGCUGAAUUGGAGGCCGAAAAUCAAGUGCUCAGUCAACGGCUGGCUGAAGCGAUUAGAGCAAAUAAAACUCCGCAGCUAUCACUUCUCGACACACCUGCUUUACCAUCAACUCCAAUGCCAUCUGGUCCACCUCCGGGAUUAGUGCAGAAUGCUGUCUAUUCUACACCUCACAACACACAAGUGCUGCCGAACGAUCCUUUCAUUGGCCUUGUCACUGCUCCAUCCGAGUUCGCACCGACUGUUAAUACUAACACUCAGCUUAAUGGCCAUAACAUUCCACAAACCGUUAGCUACUCACCAUCGGGACCGGCUCCAUCGCUUGCUCCACCUCCAUGUCCCGUUCCGACACUCGCUCCUCCCCCACCUGUUGCCCCACGCAGGAAUCCACCUGCUCGUGCGAACACAGUGCCUGCUCCAGAGGUCGGUCGAAGACUUCAAAACUUACAGUUGGACAAUAUGGAGGAUGUAUUCGAUGACAACUUUGAUCCUCGUGCGAAUAACAAAUCGAAGGAGAACAAGGAGUAUGAUCCGUUCGGUGAUGAUUUCCUCGACAAUGUUCUGCGACUUGGCGACGAGGCAGGACGCUCAACAAUGGCACAAAUUGAUGCAGCGCAACCCACAGCGGCAGACUUCCAAAAGAUGAUCGACAAAGUUGAUAAAAGGCUAGCCGAGAUGUCAACGGGCUUUUCCGAAGGACAUCUGGAGAUGGGCCAAGUGUCCCCAGGUGAAUCGCUUGGUGACUUGGAGGAGAACGAGUAUGGAACACCGGUGGAUAAAGUGAACAGUGUUGUGAUGACGGGUAAAAAAGCCUAG